GGGGUGCGACAGCCAAUGGGAUGUCAAGGGGCGGGGCCACGGUGGAGGCACGUGCGGCCGCGCACGUGUACGCGUGGGGUAACCGCAGCCGGGGCGGAACCGGCGCCGGUACCGGGACAGAACGAACGGGAACGAGACCGGGACGGAGGGACCGGGAGAACCGGAACCGGGCGGGCACGGCCCGGCCCAAGCGGCUGCUGCCGGCAGGUGAUUCCGACCCCCAUGGAACCCUCCCAGCGCUCCCCUGGUUCUGGUGAUGGCAUCAGGACUGAGACCCCCCCCAGAACCCCCCCAGGGCCCCCCCGGUCUGAACGGGGCCGUAAGAGAAAGGCUGGGGGGGACCCAGAGCUGCCCCAGUUGCCACGUGGUGCCAAGAGGCCAAAGGAUGGAGAUGGGGGUGCUUGGCACAGCACCACCCCCCCCAGUGAUGGUGACCGGCUGUUUGCCCAAAAAUGCCGGGAGCUGCGGGGCUUCAUCCGCCCUCUGACAGAGCUGCUCAAUGGGCUGCGCAUGGGGAGAUAUGACAAAGGGCUCAGCAGCUUCCAGCAGAGUGUGGCCAUGGACAGAAUCCAGCGGAUCAUUGGUGUCCUGCAGAAGCCUGAAAUGGGCGCGCGCUACCUGGGGACCCUGCUGCAGGUGGAGGUGAUGCUCAAAGUGUGGUUCCCCCACGUCGCCCCCAAAGCCGGCCCCGAUCCCGACCCCGUUGGGGUCCUCCUGCUUCUUCGUGACCGUCACAGCGCACACGGGGACGGCGCAACAUCGGGGACAUCAGGGGGGACAUCGGGGACAACAUCAGGGGUAACAACAGAGACGACACCAACAGGGACAACACACCCCAAGUGCCCCCUCCCCACCCGGACUGGGGCUCUCCCUACAACACCUGAUGUGUGACCGUCCCCAACGUUGGAUUUUUCUCUUCGUUUUGGUUUUUUUGGGGGGUUUAUUUUUUUGGCCUUUUUUUUUCUGGUUUUUAAUUGUUUGUUCGUUUGGGGUUUUAUUUUUUGUUUGUUUGUUUGUUUGUUUUUUAAUUAUUACUUGGAAAGUUGGGAGCAGGAGGCAGCGCCCCGUCCCUGGACUGCAAGAAAGACCUCGAAUGAAGCAGAUAUUUGGGGUCACCCCCCCCUCUUAAAACCCCAUAGACACGCAGCAGAGCCGCCCCCCCCACCCCGAGCGCAGUGCCUUGGGGCCUCGCUGCAACCCCCAGGGGGUUGGGGGGCACAAGGGGACAGGGGGAUGGGGGUGGGGGGCAGGCCCCCCUGCAGCAGCACAGCCUCCCCCCGGCCUCGUGCCUUCCCCGUGGGGUCUGGGGGCGCGACGCGUUCCCCCCGUGGGAGCAAUAAAUGGCAGCAGAGCAGCCGGGCUGGGCUGUGACAGCA